CCUCUAUUUAUUAUUAUUAUUACUAUAAAUAAUACAUAAAACUCAUAACUCUCCCCUCAAAAUUUCCUUUGCCACCACCAUUACAUUUACCCUUUUCCUAUCUCCGCCACAAAACCCUCCUUUCUCUCUCUUCCUCUCUCUCUCUCUCUCUCUCUCUGGAAGCGAACAGCCAGCCAUGAGUGGCGCCGACGAUCAGUGGAUUGAGGCCGCCAUGAAUGAUGACGCGGUGGUCGCGGAGUUCCUGGUGCGGCUCCGUCACGCACCGCCUCCGCCGCCGCCGCCGCCACGGCCGAAGCCGGCCGCGUUGUUGCCGCUGCACUGGAGCGUCCGUCAACGCAGGUCAAAAUCGAUUUCGGUCAACCACAACGCGAAGAAACUCGCCCACAGGGGUAGCCCCACCACGCCGCUCUCGUGGAGCGGCGCCACCUCAUUCAGCGGCGGCUCCGCCGGCGCCGUGGGAGGCGGCUCUGAAGAGUCCAGUCGGCUAUUACCCCUCCAAAUCUCCGACGCGUCGAGAUCUAAGGUUAUCGACGAUAGUGAAAAGACGGCCUCGAAGAAGUCGAGAAAGAAGAAGACGUUAACAGAACUCAAAGACGAAGAGAACUCGCUGUUGAAGGAGAGAAGAGAGCUGAAAAGGGAAAUGGCCGCGUUGCGCGUGUGUUUGGACAGGGAAAAAGUUACGAACAACAACUUGAAGAAGAUGAAGAUCGAAUUGCAACCCCGUUUCGAUAGAGAGUCGACACAUACAGCCGAGGCAUCAACUUCCGGUCAAAUUCAGCACGAGUCAACAGCCGGUCAACCGAUUCAAAUCGUCUCGGAAAACAAUCUUACUCUACAAUCUUGUACAUCAAAUGCGUCCGGUUCCAAAUUUGUGGUACCUGAUUUAAAUAUUCCGUUCGACGAGCCGAGUGGUGACGUCAUCGUUUGCGGGAUCAGGUAGGGCCUAAUCGAAAAAUUGAUUUUUUUUUUCUCGGCUAAAAAAGACGGAAACAAGCAUAACGAACAACGACUACACCAAAUAAAGGGCUAACCCUUUUUUGUAGGACAGUAUUUUUUUUAACUAUAUUACAUAGCCAAAUUACCUCCAAGAUUUGUUUAAGGAUGUAAUAUUUUUUUUUUGUUUAGUACUUAUGAAUACUGUAGUUUCAGAGAGUUAGUUUAGAUGCAGCCACAUUUUUUUUGGUUCAGUACUUUUGAUAGGUAAGAUGUAAACUCUCUUAUUUAAGAGAUGGAUAUAUAGUCAUCAUAUUCAUAUGUUGAUAAGACUUUAUAUUUAAUGUUUUAUUUAUUUAUU